AUGAGGAUCGCAACCCUCCAAUUCGCCCCAAAAUUGGGUGAUGUUCAGGGUAACAUCGAGAGAGCGAAUGCACUAUUAGAGAAAGGCAAGCCCAUCUCCUUGGGAGAUCAGACGCCGCCCGUUGGUAUUGGUCUGGACCUGUUGAGACCUGAUGUCUUGGUGUUACCAGAAUUAGCGUUAACUGGUUACAACUUCCCCUCAUUGGAUGCAAUCAAGCCAUAUCUCGAGCUAGCCGGUUCAGGACCGAGUGCUGCAUGGGCGCGAGAAACCGCCAAACGCCUGCAAUGCAAGGUCUGCGUGGGCUAUCCUGAGAUAGAGUCUAGUUCUACCGGAACAGAAUCUGAUCAAGUCAAGUACUACAACUCUCUGCUUGUGGUCGAUGAGGGUGGAAAAGUUAUCCACAACUAUCGCAAGAACUUCUUGUACUUCACCGACGACACAUGGGCCGCGGAGGGCAACGUGGAACGGGGGUUUCACGAGCUCACCUUCCAGGCGCAAGACCUCACACGUGCACAGGAGGUACUCACAGACGAUAUUCACCGAGCACACUCAAUACGGGUGGCAACCUCGUUCGGCAUCUGCAUGGACAUCAACCCUUACAAAUUUGAAGCUCCAUACACAGCCUGGGAAUUCGCCAAUCGUGUGCUAGACUCGCAGUCACAGCUUGUCAUUAUUUCCAUGGCCUGGCUGACGCUACUUACCAAGGAGGAGCUCGCCGCGCUAGAGGGCCAGCCCGAGAUGGACACAUUCAACUACUGGCUGAAUCGGUUCUAUCCGCUGAUCGAAAAGCAAAUGCAGCAUACGCGUGAUCUAGAUGGAGAGGACGGCCCGAAAAAGGUGGAGCCGGCGGCAGAUGAUACCAAGCCACCGGCGCGGUAUGCGGGGACCAGCGCCGUCAUUGCUGUGACGCAACGGCCGCGUUCUGAGCCCAAGGGGUCACGAGUCGGGGGCCAAGAGAAUUCAAUCGACGUCGAGUCGGCUUUUGAUGUGAAGAUUCUCUGCUGGGAUCUGCUUGGCGCGGCGGAAGAGGGUAUUUGUUUCGCGGAUACCACGGGAGACCCGAAAAUGGUGUUUGGGCUAAGGUCUAGAUCAGGGCCAGAGUCAAAGUCAGACUCCGACUCAGACUUAGACUCAGAGACAGGGUCAGAAUAA